AAAUGCGCACUGCGUCCAUGCUUUUCCCUCUCUCUCUCUCUCUCUCUCUUCUCAAAGCCUAGAAACCCUAGCAGCUCAUCUGCAGGGCCAUGGCCGAAACACCCCGCAAGUCAAAACAACCUUCUGGUAUCAAUCUAAAACCCUUGUCUCCUUCAUCCAUUUCGAUCCCUUCGACGCCGGAAACCGUCGCUCCUCGUCGAUCUUCGCGGCGGUCCUCUUUGGUUGUCACUCCCCAAACCCAUCUGAAACCAUCAUCUGCUCUCGUUGAAAAAUUCAAAAACGAUACUCCACAAACUCCCAAUUCCGCUCCAAAGAACAAAGGAUCGAGACAGAGAAUCAAUGAAGCUUCACCCGGAGCUUCGUUUUCUCCGAUUUCUCCCGACUGCUCGGAACCGAAGAGAAGGAAGAGAUCUGAUGAGGUGAAGACUGUUGUUACGAGAUCGAGAGCUUCUAAAACUGUUACAUUUGAGACGGAGAAGAAGGUUAACGAUUUACGACCAGCGAAGAGGCGUAUUUAUUACAAGAAGGUUUCUUAUGAUGGUGGAGAAUUCAGUAUUGGGGACGACGUUUAUGUAAAAAGGAGAGAGGAUGCGAGCUCAGACGAUGAAGAUCCUGAGGUGGAAGAGUGUCGGAUCUGCUUUAAAUUCGGGAAGUCUUUGAUGAUUGAAUGCGAUGAUUGUUUGGGCGGUUUUCAUCUCAAAUGUUUGAAGCCACCGUUGAAGAAGGUUCCAGAAGGGGAUUGGAUUUGUAGGUUAUGCGAAGCUCAGAGAUUGGGGAAGAAGAUUGAGCUUCCAACCCCUCCCAAGGGGAAGAAACGGCGUAGAACGUUGAGGGAGAAGCUGCUCUCAAGUGAUCUUUGGGCCGCACGAAUUGAAAGAAUAUGGAAAGAAGCAGAUGGUAGCUAUUGGUUUCAUGGACGCUGGUACAUAAUUCCUGAAGAGACUGCUGCUGGAAGGCAGCCGCAUAAUCUAAGGAGAGAGCUAUAUGUCACGAAUGAUUAUGCUGACAUUGAGAUGGAGUCCAUACUUCGGCAUUUGUAUGCUAUGAUUCCUAAGGAGUUUGCUAAAGCCAACUGUGAAGGAGAUGAUGUUUUUCUGUGUGAGUAUGAAUAUGAUGUUCAGUGGCACAGUUUCAAGCGCCUUGCAGAGAUUGAUAACAAUGAAGAGGAUGGCAGAGAAGCUGGUAGUGAUGAAGAUUGGGAUUUAUGUAAGGAUUCAGGUUCUGAUUCAGAACUGGAAUACGAUGAGAAGAAUGUGAAGGGUUCAUUGCCUAGAAAAUCCCCAGCUCAUGAAUUGGCUGCGAAUUCACGGAAAGGGCGGAUAUUUGGCCUCCAAAGGAUAGGGGCGAAGAAAAUACCCGAGCAUGUGAGAUGUCACAAGCCAACUGAACUUGAGAGAGCAAAAGCAGCCCUUCUAUUGUCAAGUUUACCCAAGUCUCUGCCUUGCAGGAAUAAGGAAAUGGAGGAGAUAACUGCAUUUAUAAAAGGUGCCAUCUGUGAAGAUCAGUGUCUUGGACGCUGCUUGUACAUCCAUGGUGUUCCUGGAACUGGCAAGACUAUGAGUGUUCUUGGAGUGAUGAGGAAUUUAAGGUUUGAAGUUGAUGCAGGAAGUAUAAAACCAUAUUGCUUUGUAGAGAUUAAUGGUCUAAAGUUGGCUUCGCCAGAGAAUGUUUACAGGGUUGUAUAUGAAGCACUAAGUGGACACAGGGUUAGUUGGAAAAAGGCUCUCCACCUGCUGAAUGAGAGAUUUUCAGAUGGUCAUAGAACUGGGAAAGAGGACAAUCAACCAUGUAUUCUACUAAUUGAUGAGCUUGACCUUCUUGUAACCAGAAAUCAGUCGGUUUUGUAUAAUAUCCUUGACUGGCCUACGAAGCCACAAUCCAAAUUGGUUGUAAUAGGCAUAGCUAAUACCAUGGAUCUUCCAGAGAAGUUGCUUCCUCGUAUCUCAAGUCGUAUGGGGAUUCAAAGGCUGUGCUUUGGCCCCUAUAAUUAUCGACAGCUGCAAGAAAUCAUUUCAAGUCGUCUGAAAGGCAUUGAUGCAUUUGAGAAACAAGCUAUAGAAUUUGCAUCAAGAAAGGUAGCAGCUAUUUCAGGGGAUGCUCGUCGUGCCCUGGAAAUAUGUAGGCGCGCAGCAGAACUUGCAGAUUAUCGGCUCAAGAAGUCAUCCUCUCAUCCUGAUUCUGCUGCCUCAGCAAAAUCCAUCAUCGGCAUGGCUGAUGUUGAAGCAGCCAUACAGGAAAUGUUCCAGGCACCCCAUAUCCAGGUAAUGAAGAAUUGUUCUAAACUGAGUAAGAUCUUUCUGGUGGCUAUGGUCCAUGAACUCCACAAAACUGGAAUGGCUGAAACCACCUUUGAAGAGUUAGCAACAACGGUUUCCCGUCUCUGUACAAGCAACAAGGAAGAAUUUCCUGGAUGGGAUAUGCUCUUGAAAAUUGGAUGCAAGCUUGGUGAAUGCAGAAUCAUAUUAUGCGAAUCGGGAGCUAAGCAUAGAUUGCAGAAGUUGCAGCUCAAUUUUCCAAGUGAUGAUGUGACAUUUGCACUGAAGGACUGCAGUGAGAUACCAUGGCUGACCAAGUACUUGUGAUCUAGUGCUUGGAAGAAAGAAGGAUCAAUGCGGCACUCCUGGAACUAUUUAUUUCACUUCUCAUUAUACCCUUUGCCAUCCAAUUCUGCGUUGAGAUAGUCCUGUUUUUAAACUCUUUCUCUUCCUAACAUCCGCAUUGCAGUGAUGAUGUUACAUUUUCACUGAUGGGCAGCAGUGAGAUACCAUGGCUGACCAAGUAUGUGUGAUCUAGUGCUUGGAAGGAAAGAAGGAUCAAUUCAGCACUCCUGGAACUA